CCAUUUCUCACUUCGUCUAGCCACUCUUUCGCUUGUUUCUCUCUCUGCUUUAUCAGUCUACUUUGUCGCUCUACUUUCUCGCAUCCUAGAUCAUGGGGAAGAUCAAGAUCGGAAUUAAUGGAUUUGGAAGGAUCGGCCGAUUGGUGGCCAGAGUGGCACUGCAGAGAGACGAUGUUGAGUUGGUUGCAGUCAACGAUCCAUUCAUCACCACUGAUUACAUGACCUACAUGUUUAAGUACGACAGUGUUCACGGUCAGUGGAAGCAUCAUGAACUCAAGGUCAAGGACUCUAACACCCUUCUCUUUGGUGAGAAGCCAGUCACCGUCUUUGGUAUUAGGAACCCAGAGGAGAUUCCAUGGGGUGAGACCGGAGCUGAAUUUGUUGUUGAGUCAACUGGUGUGUUCACUGACAAGGACAAGGCUGCUGCCCAUUUGAAGGGUGGUGCUAAGAAGGUUGUCAUCUCAGCCCCAAGCAAAGAUGCUCCUAUGUUCGUUGUUGGAGUUAAUGAGAAGGAAUACAAGCCAGAACUCCACAUUGUUUCCAAUGCUAGUUGCACUACAAACUGCCUUGCUCCUCUUGCGAAGGUUAUUAAUGACCGAUUUGGCAUUGUGGAGGGUCUUAUGACAACUGUUCACUCGAUUACUGCCACCCAAAAGACUGUUGAUGGCCCUUCAAUGAAGGACUGGAGAGGUGGAAGAGCUGCUUCAUUCAACAUCAUUCCUAGCAGCACUGGAGCUGCCAAGGCUGUUGGCAAAGUGUUGCCUUCAUUGAAUGGGAAAUUGACUGGAAUGGCUUUCCGUGUUCCUACUGUUGAUGUGUCGGUGGUUGACCUCACUGUCAGGCUGGAGAAGGCUGCUACCUAUGAGCAAGUUAAAGCUGCCAUCAAGGAGGAGUCAGAGGGAAAAAUGAAGGGAAUCUUGGGUUACACUGAAGAUGAUGUUGUUUCCACAGACUUCAUCGGUGACAACAGGUCCAGCAUCUUUGAUGCCAAGGCUGGAAUAGCACUCAACGAGAAGUUCUUGAAGAUUGUUGCUUGGUAUGACAAUGAAUGGGGUUACAGCUCCCGUGUGAUCGACUUGAUUGUCCACAUGGCAUCCUGCAAAUAAGUGCAGAUAUUUCCAAAGGGUAGAGCUUUUGUGACGCUUUCAUAUGCUCGUUUGGGCAUAUGGUUAAGAGUCCCAUCAAUAAAUUGGGGGUUUUGGGACCCCCUGGAUUUCUCGACUGUUUUGGGUUCUUUCCCUUUUAGUGUUAUGUUUCAGUUGAGUAUGAGUUUCCCCGUACCUUAAGCUGUGGAUUCUACCUUAAGCUGUUUCAUAUUUUCCUUAAUAUAGAUAUCUUGAGGUGUUUUGUUGCUUCUC